GCCGCUGGCCCCGCCCCGCCGCACGCCGCCCCGGGCCAUUGGUCGGCGCCCGCGAGGCUCGACUCGCGAUUGGUCGAUGCGGCUGUCACUCACGCGUGCGGCGGGCCGGCGGUGCGCUCGGGAGCGGCUCCGUGCGCGGCUGGCCCUUCGUGGCCCUGCCGCGGGACGGGAGGCGCCUGCCCACGGCCCCGGUCCCGGUCCCCGAGGCGGCCGGCUGUGCCCCCAGCCCCACUGGGAGCCGGUUGGGCUCCCGCCUCCGAGAGAGCAGGCUGUGCCCCCGGCCGCGCCGGGAACCAUGAGCCCAGAAGAGCUGCAAAUGCUGUCCUGUGGAGAACCCACUGACUGUGGUCAGCUGGUGCUUAGCCAGUGAUCUGUGGUAGCACCAGGUGAAUCUCAGCACUGACAGAUCAGUAGGUGGCAAGAGGAACGGGUGUGGAAGCCAGAAACUUCACCACAAUGAGAUGCCUCACCCAUCCACUGCUCAGGAAGUUGUUGAGCCUCCCACCUCAGUGUGUGCCAGGGCGAGGGACUCCAAGUAAAGGUGCCGUCCUCGGUCCAAAGCAGUUGUUUCUGAGGCAGAGCUGCAGGGCAGGACCUGGGCUCAUGACUGCCACUGAUAUGGUCAACUAUUGGCAGAAGGUGUUCGAGAAAAAUGGCAUCCCCGAAGCACAAGAAUCCAGUCAAUAUAUUGUGUCAUUUGUCCUGGGAGCAAAAACAUUUCAGAGUCUGGAUUCCAAAAGCCUCCACACUCCACUUACAGCGCUGCAGCAGGAGCACAUCCAGCAGCUGAGCCACAAGCGGCUGCAAAGGAUGCCAGUGCAGUACGUGCUUGGGGAGUGGGACUUCCAGGACCUGACCCUGAAGAUGAGACCCCCAGUAUUCAUUCCACGGCCUGAAACAGAGGACCUUGUCUCUUUAGUUGUGGAGGAAGAAUUUCAGAAAUGUGAGAAUUCAGCCCUCUGUUUCCCAGUUCCUGUUCCUCAUCCUGUGAUCCUGGAAAUUGGCUGUGGCUCUGGAGCAAUUGCUCUGAGUCUGCUCUGUAAACUGCCACAGAGCAGAGUCAUAGCCAUGGACAAAGAGGAGGCUGCCGUGGAUCUCACCAGGGAGAAUGCAUAUAGGUUGCAACUCCAAGAAAGGAUUCACAUCAUCCACCAAGAUGUUUCACACAGUUCUGCCAAACAGCUGUUGCUCUGGGGCCCCAUAGAUGUCAUAGUCAGUAACCCCCCAUAUGUUUUCCAUGAAGACAUGGCUUCCUUGGAUGCAGAAAUACUCUGCUAUGAGGACCUUGAUGCCCUGGAUGGGGGAGAUGAUGGCAUGAGAGUCAUCAAAACAAUUCUGGCUUUGGCUCCUUCUCUUCUGAAAGUUUCUGGGGAAGUGAGAAUCUGUGAAAGUGAAAGCAGCAACAAAAAGAUCAUGGAAGAGAGCAGCCAAGAAAGAGAGUGCAGAAAGCAGGAGAGCUUUCUAAGGAGCGUGUUUCUGGAAGUUGAUCCCAGGCAUCCAGAUAUGGUGGAGCACUGGCUACAGGCACACCCAGAAUUACUGCUCACCCUCCGUGCCAUUCACAAGGACUUUUGUGGCAAGCCUAGGUUUCUGCACAUCCAGAAACAAAGCAGCUUACAACUGUGUCAGACAUAACUCUUCUUGUAGGAUGCUUUUUGCUCUUGAGCCCAGCUGAACAGCUGGUUGAAAACUCCUGCCUUGUGAAAGGAAUCUCCAUUCCCCAGAGUGCUGGACUUUUCAUGCAGUGACAGACCCCUCAUAUCCUGACACAAACCUCAUGCAGAGAUGCAGAAGUUCAGCUGAGCAUGUGGAAGUGUUUCACCUUCCUCAGGGAGCUGCAUGAAACAUUUUAGUCUGCUCUGCUAAAGUGACUCAAUCAUCUCAGGACCUAAGAUAGAAGAGUUCACAACUCCAGAUUAAAAAUACAACUUCUCAACGUGCCAAAUCACCCAUUUGGCCUAGAAAGAAUUUAAUUAUAUUUUUUAAUUGACUUUGAGAUACAUUUAUAUAAAAUGUGACCAGAUGGGGUGAUAAGCUCAAAUCCUGGCUUAUACUGGCACACGGAUUUGCAGGUAUAACAGGACAAAACUGUUGUGCACAUUUCAAAUGCAGUUCUGUUCCAGGAUCCUCAUGCUCCAAUAGCAAAGCAGCCUUUGUUUCCCAGUCCUGCUGAGUGAUUGUCCCUGAAGGAUCCGUGCAGAUGUUACAGCACCUGAAUUUACAGCCCUUGACAUUUGGUGGAUGCUGCCAGAAAUGGUCAACACAUUGUAAUAAAGACAGUGCUUCAGACCAGGGUCCUUAAAAGAGUUUCACUGCAACUAUUCAGAGAUGCUGGCAGGCUUGAAUAAAACAUCUGGCACCCACACAUUGCUGUGAUAGUUAUAGAAAUGCCUAAAUUCCACAUGAGGCAUUUAAUUCCAACACUUUAAAGAGAAGGCCAGAGUCACUACUCUGCUUUUGCAGAUGGAGAAGUUGAAAAACAGGAGGUGAAAUGACCUGCAGAAAGUUUGACAAGCUGGAGUAGGACCCAGUCUCUUGACAGGCGUGGGAGUAGCUGAGGUCUGUCUCUUUGGGAAGGAUGACUCAGACUAGGCCUGCCUGAAACAACUCUGACAGAAGUGCCUAAAGUGGACAGUCAACACCAUGUCAGUGUAAAUAAUGGCAGGAUUAAACUCAAGCUGCUGCUUGCUGUUGCUGCUGUUUCCAGUGGUGCAGGUUCCCUUCCAGACUGUAGCUAGCCAGGCAAGGAAAGAAAGCAAUCCAAGGAAAGGAUCUGGUCAGUCCAGAUGGAAGCAGUUGCUGGACCAGUGCAGGUGAGCACCCAGGAGGGGUGGGAGCAUCCAGACAGGACCCUGCUCUGUGUGUGCCAGGGAGCAGCUCUCAGGCUCUGUCCAGGCUGACCUGGGGCUGCACAGCCAGAAGCUUCGGGCAGGACAUGCAGCAGCAAACUGAGUCUGUUGGAAGGCUGCAGCAGGUUCACAGGCUGUUACGUGAGCCCUGAUACAUCUUUCCUUUCUCCUCUGCCUCUCCUACACUCUCACUCCUCAGAUGAGUUUUCUCCAUCCCCUUCACUCCUGAACACUGGCCCUGCUUUCCCACAGACACCUGAGCUCUCUGAUGAUCCAGCACUCGGGUUCCAGCUGGAACCUUUCCCUGCUCACAGCUCUGUUCACAGACUUGCCUUUCACCCAUUGUACACCUCACAAUACAUUUAUCCACUCCAGUAGUUUACCAUGUCCUGUACACUCUUUACUUGAAUUUGUGAGUCUUCUCUGGCCUGCAGUACCUGCCCUGGUUAAACACAGUAGAGGAAAUCUAGGGAAGGAGAGAACAAAAAUAGGUCAGUUAAAGUGCACUUGAGCAUAGGUUUGGAAAUACCAUUUCAGCACAGCUGAUUUCUGGCCUCCUAGAGCCAUGAGUACAAAGUAUAGUCAAAGGGUAUUUAGUGUGGUUGUGGAAAUUUUUUGAUAGUAAUUUAGGGAUAUUUUUUUAAGUUCAGUUUGUCAGACUCUAUUUAAAAAUUAAAUUUAAAGAAAUGAAUUCUCAGGUUUCUUCUGGGUGUAGCAGAGUUUGCGUAUGAAACAGAGCAUUAUACACAGCCUGCUUCUGCAGGAGCCCUUAAAAGCUGGGUAGUCCAUGGGCGGAUGGGGAUGUUAAACAGCAUCAUGCUGCAUUCCUUAGAGGGUGGGCUGGUUCCCUGCAGCAGACAGGUGUUAGGUGGCUCUCUAAAAGUGCCAGUGGCUGGACUGCAGAAGGCUUUUUCUUGGAAGCAUCAGUCAAUCCUUGGUCCUAGCCCUGAGCAGGACAAAUCCCCUACAAGACAGACUAUUGGUCUAAUCCAGUAGGACAAGUGUUAAAUUCCUAUACUUACCACUAAAACACUUGCAUUUCUAUGUAUUUGCAUUGCAUACUGGUUAUAUAUCUUGGAAAAUCACAUGGUGCUGCUGACCUUUUCAUAAAAGGAAAAAUUGCUGUUCUCCCAGGAGGCUGGAUGUUCCUGUCGGACUCGCAUCCGAGGGAAUGUGCUGGUGUAGUACAGUGUGUUCCUCGGUGCUUUACACAGAUUGGCCAGGGCUCCUUUUGGUCCAGGAGCACUGAAAGCUCUUUGGAGGUUUUAAGGAGCCUGGCUGUGGAGCCCUGGGCCGUGUGUGUGCUGCCCGAGGGCAGGAGGCCGAGCUGACGCUGGCAGAGCCGCAGGCUCGUGAGCUGCUCCCUGCAGCCGCAAAGGCUGGGGCUGCACUCGGCGUUCUGCAUCCUCCAGUAUCUGACACACACUGAAUUUUCUGGGAAUUUACUGAGUUCUGGGAACUGUAUCAAAACGGUGAUUUGAUUCCUGAGGUGAUGCUGUCAGAGGGGGGCUUUGUUUGCUUUCAGGACCCUGAGGAGUGUGGUUGUGUUUGUGCUCACAUCUGUUUUUUGGGGGUUGCCGGGUAUCUGCGGUAUCUGACACUGCCCUUCCCCGAGGAGGAGCCACUUUGGCAGAGCCCUGCAGAUGGAGCUGCGGGCCCAGUUUAGCCGUGUCCAUACUGGAGACACUCCUGCCUCAGCCUUCCCACUUGGGGCAAGGUGCAGACCCAGGGAGAGCGAGAACUGGGGUUGGCAGAGGGCUGGAGGGUAGGUGCAGCUGCAAAUGGGGCUUUAGGCUCAAUUCCUGUGCUGGGGAAACAGAUCUUCCACAAUGGGGCUGUGUCGGGAGGCUGGAACGGGACUCAGCUGAGAUGGGAGUGGGGUUGUACCUCCUGCUGUGAAUGGGAGGCCUAAAGUCCCCCUAGGGCUGGAGGUCAGAGAUAGAUCCCAUUCUUCUUCUGGUGAAAUGUCCAUGUGAGCACCCCAAAGUGCAAGCAACUGACUGUGCUUCCAGUCUCCACCUGAGAUAUGGGGUGAAAGUGACUUUGCAGAGACCAUAGAGACAAGCAUUUAUCCUCACAGGUCCUCUGCUGAGCCUGCUUUCCAUGGGAGGAACUGACAGACACAGAGGGACGCAUUAGGGUGACACAGGGCAUCUCUGGGGUCCCACAUGACUCUGUGUGUGUGGAUUACUGGCCAGCACUCAGUUUAUCAGUGUAGGGGGCCAUAGAUCAAAAUGGCUUGGAAGGGAACUUGACUGUCAUCUAGCCCAAUUUCCCCAUCCAAGUAAGCAUCAACUUGCCUUACAUCAUUCCUGACAAAUGUUUGCCCAGCCUGACCCAGAGGCUCUUAUUGCUGGUAAGGACUUGAGCAUGCAAUCUGUCCUGAUGCUUUGUGGUUCUGUCUGCUGGAGUGUUUUCUUUUGUCACGGCAGCUUUGCUGUGACUAAAGCUGAGCGCUUCUGAGGUGGAGAACAGCUGUCUCUCUCCUUAGAGCACCUUCCAUGUGGCAAUCUGUUCCCAUAUUUCCUCACAGUCUUCAUCUCUGGGACAAAGAACUCCAGCACUUCUUUCUGUAGGCCACUUGCACAUCCUUCCUUCCCUGCUUGUGAAAUGUAAGGGGGACCAUGUGUGCUUCAGACUUUUUAGAGGUAAUACAUGUGCUCUGGUGAGUGGGAUAAUAAAGCUGCUAGAGCUCACCCUAUAUAGAGCAGUCAUUCCCAAGUGAAGAGCAUGCCAAAAUUUAACUUUUUUUUUCUUUUUUUCUUUUUUUUUUUUGGUCUGGGAAAGUUAGCAAAAACUGUACUUAAGUUUUAAUAAACUACAAUCCUGAUGAAAAAAUUAAGAAGGCUUCUUUCUCACACUCAAGAAGACAAUGAGGUACCAAGAGAGAUUUAAUCCAGUUUCCAGGCUAUUUCCUCUUCCAUAGAUGUUUUGAGAAGCUUUGAGUUCAGUGUCAGAAGUUUCAGAUGUUGUUCUGUGGAGGGUCAUGUCACAGUCCUCUGUCGCUUUUCCUUGGCAGCUGCUGGUAAAUCUGAGUGUGAUCCAUCCAGUCUCUGGUGAGCACAGGGGAACAUUUAUGAAAUUCAUCUCAUCUGCUGCUUGGUGACAGGACUCAGCACUCUGCUGCAGUGUGAUAAACCAGAUUGGCUUUGCUGCUUUCCCCUGCAAACCCAGAGGAUGUGAGAGUGAGCAGAGCACCAGCAGUCGCUUCUCUGCCUCUCAGAGCACGAUGAGAGUGGGACAGGGGCUGCUGCAGAGGGCUGGGAAGGUGCAUCCUGUGCACAGCAGCCACUGCUGCUCUGAGAGUGCUCGAGUGUCAAAUGUGCUGUGCUGCAGACAGGUGCAGAGAAUAUUGUGGUCUCUGUGGUUUGUCUCCUUAGUGUGCUUGAUGUCAGAACUGUAGCUUUGUUUAAGUGACACCUUCCAGCUCUAGAGACCUGCUUCAUCUGCUGCCUUCACCAGCACACCUGAAUGGUCAACCUUCUGCAUUUUGUGUGCUCAUCUCAGCAUUUUGGGCAGAGUGGGCACGGAUGUGUGAUUUCAGUGGCAGCUGCCCUGUCAGCAUUACAGAGAGAACCAUGAGCAAGGUUACUCCAGGGUAACUGCUUCAAAGGUCUACAUAAGUAGUUUCAUACUUCAUCCUUUCUUUUCUGACAGCUGGGAUGUUCUGAAAUCAUCCUGUCCAUGGCAGGGAUUCUCAGGUCCUGGGCUGAAAUUUGCAACAUGGCAAAGAAGAGUUUACUAUCCAAAUAUCCUGUGGCAACAGGUGUGGUGAGAAACUGAGGCACAGCAAAAAAGAGCUGUGGCAGAGUUACAGCAAGAGCUCAAAUGCUCUUAGUGGCAGUUCUGGCAAACCCAGCUAUAGCUGUACUUCUUCCUCCUUUAACUGGCAUUUUAAAUAGUGUCCAUCCCAGCUGUUCCUUGGAAGGAUGAUGGUGCCUCAAGAGCAGAAAGCAGUGAUUGUCAUUCCUUGAUGGAGAGUGUUACCAAGAAAUGUUUGAUUUUGAGAGCUGUGGUGUUGGGAUGUGACAGGAGGGUCAUUUUCACAGUGUGUUACUGGCACAGCCAGUGCUAAAUGCUGCACGACUGGAGGCACACAAAUAGCAGAUUGUUUGGAGGAAGGGAGAGGUGAAGAAAGCAUUACAUGAAGCUC